CGCAACACUACAGACACAAACACAGUCUAGGAGGCUUCUUCCGCUCGCUCAGGUAGGUGUACUGUACUGUACUGUAGUAGGUUGGUUCUCCAUUCAUCAUUCAGCUCACAGGUCCCUCCGCCUCCGCCGUAUCGGAGGGAGAGGAAGCGGAAGGCUUGGAAGGAGAAGAGAAUGGCGGGGCGGCGCGCGGAGGAGGAGUACGACUACCUGUUCAAGGUGGUGCUGAUCGGGGACUCGGGCGUCGGCAAGUCCAACCUCCUCUCCCGCUUCACCCGCAACGAGUUCUGCCUCGAGUCCAAGUCCACCAUCGGCGUCGAAUUCGCCACACGGACACUCCAUGUUGAGGGCAAGAUCAUCAAGGCGCAGAUCUGGGACACGGCAGGCCAGGAGCGGUACCGGGCGAUCACCAGCGCCUACUAUCGCGGGGCGCUGGGCGCGGUCCUGGUCUAUGACGUGAGCAAGCCCACCACCUUCGAGAACAUCAGCCGGUGGCUCAAGGAGCUACGCGACCACGCCGACUCCAACACCAGGAUCAUGCUCGUCGGCAACAAGACCGACCUGAGGCACCUCCGGGCCGUCGCCACCGACGACGCUCGGAGCUUCGCUGAGGCAGAAGGCCUGUCCUACAUCGAGACGUCCGCGCUGGAGGCCACCAACGUGGAGGAGGCGUUCCAGCUCAUCCUGGGCGACAUUUACCGGGCCGUCAGCAAGAAGCCUGUGGCGUCCGACGAGGUUGGCGCCGGCCAGGGAGGCGUCAAGGAAGGUAAGACCAUCGAUGUGGCGACUGGUGCUGAUGCCGCCGCUCACAAGAAGCAGUGCUGCUCGGCUUAGAAGUUAGAAGAACCCAUGCUGGUGGUCUCUCGUUCAGUGGCGUAUGUGUUGUUGUGAUGGUUGUCGUUGUUGUUUUUUUUCUCUUCUUCCAGUCCAAAAGUUUGUUGAUUCGUUUUGCCAGAUAGUACCUUUGUUGGAGGGAUAAUCAUGCUCACAUAUAUAUUCUCUAAAGCAAGCAGUUAUAUAUGAUUA